UUUUAACAGAUAACUAAUUGAAUUAAUAGAAAUGAAAUCGCCAGUGUGUGCGUUGUUGUUAUUGACAUUCAUAUCCAGCACGAUGGCCCAUGGAAUGAUGGUUGGGGGAUUCACGGAAGCAAAGGAUCCUACAGAUGAUGUGGUUGAACUUGCCAAGCUGAUGAGACCUUCUGUCGAAAAGACUUUAUGCGUGAAAAAAGAAUUUUGUGCGUUCGACCAUUACCAUGUUCUGUCGUACAUGUCUCAAGUAGUUGCUGGUACGAAUUAUAUCAUUAAGAUUGACAUCGGGCAGAAGGAACCCAUUGCAAUCAAAGUGUUCGUGCCUUUACCAUACACCGAGAAACCCCCUGAAUUGGUAAAAGUUGUCCAGAUGGAACCAAACGAACGAUUUGGAUUCGAGCUGUUUGGAAAGAAAAAACACCCAAAGCGUGUUGAUUUGUAUUAAAUCUAUUUGUCGUACUUUUGAUUCACAGAUGCAGUAUUGUAUUGUAUAUUUUAUGAUACUUUGGCUUAUUUUUUGACAAGCAGCAAUUGGCUGUUAUAUUAUCAUGAUCAUUUUUAAUUGAACUUAAAAAUUUAAUCAUCAACCGUCAAACAGGAGCUCUUUUUUAUUAAUGUAAUCAUAACAUACUUAUCGAUUAUUUUCACGGGCUUUACCUAAUUUUAGUGUGGACAUAGACUUUGUCAAACACUCAACUGAUGUAUAUGUAUGUAGGGUACCCAUUUUUUUUUUUUUUUUUUUAAGGGGGGUGCGGAUUGGAACCCUCCCUUUUUUUAAAUGAGAAAAAAAUGGUUCUCCAGAAGUAUGCGCACCAAGAUGUCGUACAAUCUGAAUCCUAACGGGUACACACAUACUAUUUUCAGAUUGUGCGCCAGCUUGGUGCGCAUACUUCUGGGGGGGUCCAAAAAAAUUUCCCAUUUGCAAUUGUACAUAGAAAUUUUUUCAUAGCUUAAAAAACUUUUUAGAAUCUAAAGACUCUUGAGAUUCCACGUUUUCUGGCAACUAGUGGGGCUCACUAAAUGUUACGGCCUAGCUUGGCAUUCAGAAGUUUCAGAUUUUUUUGUUUGAAAAUCCUGGGCUUACACCCUGGCAUGCAUGCACAAAUAUAUCGCCCCUAAAUUAACUUACAUCACAUCUCAAGGUUUCGGGAAAACCAUUUUUUUAAUAAUUUUGUUCCACCAGCCAAACCUGAAAAUGGGCGUAAGUCAAAACUUGAAAUUGAAGACUAGAAUAGGUAGACUUAAAGAUGACCCCUUGUCAUGAGAUCAGAAGUCCAUUUCAGUCCACUUCAGGCAAAAAAAGAUAUGGCUUUAAUCAAAGAGUGAAUAAUAAAAAUUAAUUGAUUGAAUGAUAAUUAACCUUAAAUGACUUUUAUAAGAGAGUUUUUCACACCUCUUUUCGCACCUGAGACUCAAGUUAGGCAACAAAGAUCCCUUUAGAAUUUCUUUGUUUCAUUUUUGAUUAUUGUAAUCAGCAUCGUGAAUAUACAGGAUGUCCAAAAUUUAUUUUUGGCGAAAUCACUUGGACACCCUGUAUGUUCUUGUACUGUUGUGAAGUUCGCCAAAUGGCAGUGGCUUCUUGUGCAGGAUUUUGUUUGGGGGUGAAAGGUAUAUUUAAAAACCUUCAAUAUUCAAGAUACCGUAUUUGCUCGUUUUGUAGCCCGGGCCCAUAUUUUUUUAACCAAACUCACUAAUCGGGCCCUUAUUCAAACCGGCCCUUAUUCAAGCACGGGCCCUUGUUAUCUUUAAGGUAAAAUUGCGACGCCCUAUCAUUAUUGAAAUGACGCACUCCGCGACGCCCAGUUUGAGAACCACGUGUGAGUGUUAUCUACCAGCGCUUAAAAUUCAACAGCGUUGUGACAAAAGCGCUUCUUAUUUCCUAUUGUUCUCUACCACUGAAAAAUCAGCUUUUACAUCGGGCGGGUAUUCAAGCACCGUCCCUUAUUUAUUUUUAUGUUCUGUUCACAUGGGCGGCUAUUCAAACGGGCCCUUAAUGAAGAUCGGGCGGUAAGACGAGCAUAUACGAUAGUCUAAAUAUGUUUUUAUGUUUAUGACACUAUACUUGACAUUAUAUCAUAAUUGACAUUUUAGUAAUGUUGCAAUAAAUUUCCUCAACCAAUUUUUGA